UUUAUCUAUUGUCUUUAACUUUAUUGAACUCCUUUCAAAAUUGUAAACAUUGCUGAGUAGAUGGAGAGAAAGCAUUCCUAUUGGUGGAAAGGUCGAGAAUCAGACGACACUGAUGUAAUAUGAAUGGCAAAAGAACCAAUGGUGACUUGAGGCAAAACCAUUUCACACAGUGAGUGGUUAGUGUCUGGAAUGCACUGCCUGAGAGUGAGGUGGAGGCAGCUUCAAUCGAGGCUUUCAAAAGGGAAUUGGAUUAUUAUCUGAAAAGGAAACAUUAGCAGGACUCCGGGGAAACUGGGUUAACUGUGGACUGGGUUAAACUUCAGGAAGUGCAGUCAUGUUUGGAAUGAUAACAAACUCGCUGUUCAGUCAGCCUGAGAACAGACCCUUUCAGACCCUCAACUCAGAAACCAAGGGAGACCUGACCUAUGAGGAGCGUAAAUAUGAGGCGGGUAAUUACGCCUGUGUGUCCAUCAGCGGGAAACCAUUUGAUGAGGGUUCGGGUGAAGGAGCCUUGAAACUGCUCAAAUAUGUUGGAGGAACCAAUGAGCAAGGUCUCCAGUUGGGAAUGACCUCUCCGGUCAGCAUGAUCGUCCGGCCAGCUGAGGGCGACAGCUUGCAACCCAAGGUCGAAGUUCAAAUCCGCAUCCCCAGCCAAUUUCAAGAGAACGCCCCCAAACCAACAGACGAGAGCAUCGAGAUCAAACAUCAAGAUGGAUUCACUGUCUACUCGACUGUUUGGCAUUUCUUGUUCCCAUCUUGCAGUCAGUUUGGAGGCUACGCUAAAGAAGCUAAUUGGGUUGAAUAUGCGGGAAAGCUGCGAACAGCGAUGGGAGACACAGCGUCCUAUCACCGAGAUUUCUAUGUCUGCGCUGGGUAUGACCCCCCAAUGAAACCCAUUGGCAGGAAAAAUGAAGUGUGGUUUUUGAAGAAAGAGGAUUGAGGAUUGACUGUGGAGGCAUCACAGAGAACGAGACUAGCACAACUAACAAGAAGGAAUCUCAAUGAAAGACAUCUCGAGUAUCAAAUACUUUCUAACAGGAAAUUUCCCCUGAAAUCUCUGAUUAAAUAUUCAAAUGUUU